AUGGAGAAGUCCCCAGCCACAGCAGGAUGCCAUCAUGCACCACUUUUCCAAGACCCGCUUGGUAUUCUCAUCCUUUUCAUCCUCACCUGGUGCAUCUCAAAGCUUCAAAGUCUCCUUCCCACUUCUUGUUGCCAAUCCUGCACUUGUACUGUCUCCACGACAACCUCGACACCGGUCCUCGCCGAGACGAAGACAUCGAAGGCGCCAAAAAAGAGUGAAUACGAUGAGAUGAAUGCGACGCAAUCAGAUGCGGAGGUAGCCAUGAGAAAGAUGGGAUUGGAUUUUGAUCAAGAGAAAAGCUGUGAAUAUAUUUCUACGUUGUUCAACGACGACGAACCAAGCUUCCAGGAAGUGAAGAUGGCCUUCUUGGUUUUUGAUGAGAACAAUGAUGGGUACAUCGAUGCAUCGGAUCUGCGACGAAUCCUCGACAACUUGGGAUUAGGUGACCAGGUAGGGGUCAAUGAGUCUGAGCAGAUGAUUGCUAGAUAUGACAUGAACAAUGACUGGAGGAUAGAUCUGAUGGAGUUCACUAAGGUUUUGGAGGAUAGCUUUUGCUAA